AUGAAGACGACUCAAUGUGUGACCACUUCUGCGGACAUGGCUGCACCUUCAAUCUUUGGGAUACUUUUCAAACAAAAUAUGUCUGAUGACAGCCCACAGGAAGAAGAGCAACCAAAUUCGAACGAAGAAAAACACGUUAAGCAAAACGCAAUCACGCACCCUACCGUACUUGCAGACCUUCAAGUCUUACAGCAACUCUCAAAACAGCUUCAGGUGGCAAUCGUUAAUACUUCUAUCAAUGAGCACGACAAAACUGCAGCGCAAUCUAUGACAUCAAUCGCCAAAAAAAAUGAUCUGGCUUCUUUGUACUGUCGCCGCGCUGCAGUUCUUUUAACGUUUGCUAACUACGAUGCCACCAUGUUAGUACCGCUAGAUAUUUUAGCUGUGGAGGCGUCGGUGAGUAAUCCUUUAUUGAAAGAAACAAAUCAAUCGGCAGAAAUGUUAGAAGCGGUUCAACAAGCCCUUAAAGACGCUCAAGCUGCUGCUGCUCUUGCAUCGGACCAGGCGAUACUUGCAGAGGCUCACUUACUUUCCGCUUAUUGCUCGCGAAGCUUAGGUGAGAUUUCAAAUGCACAAGCAUUUACAGCACUAGCAGCUUCAGCAUUUCCGGACAAUGCAGCAAUAAAGGAUUUAGCAGAGCAAUUAGAUGUAGAAGCUCGCACUGAAUUGGUAGAUCUGGUACCAAGAUUGCGCAUGACAUUUGCAAAAGUGUCGACACUGGCGACAGCCGAUGCUCAAGCACUUAAGGAUAUGUGUCGAAACAACGGGGAGAAUAAUGAUCAACCUGAUCAAUGUGAAAUUAAAAUGUCAAUGCCAUUGACUACGACUGCGGUUGAACAAAAUGCAUUUUGGAGUCAAGUGGCACCACAUUUUCAGGUGUUUGAAGUAGCAGCUCAUUCAUCUUGGCUAAACUCUCUUGCGCGUCUACUGCAUCUGAACGUCCAUCAUUGUUGUGCGCUUCCUCACGAGGCACGUCAAUUGGACGCUGCACUCCAAGCUACAUUUGCAAUACUUGCGCAUUUAUUACGAAGUAAAGCUGCAUGUUCCACAUUUAAUCUGAACAUGUCCGACGACUCGGCUGCAAAAACGGUGGAGAAACUCACACAAGCUGCUGCGUUUUCGACGCAAUCGGUAGUGCAGAACCGAAUUGCAAGGAAUUGGAUAGUGCAGAUGUGGGCUCCUGCAGUACGUCGGGUCAUGAUAUCCACUGACCAGUCACCAUUGAUUGAUUUAUCAUGUGACGUCCUUAUGAUGCUGGCGCGUUUGCUUCAGGCAUCAGGCAGCUUACGACAAUGCACUUCAAUGUCCCACAGUUUGGCAUAUGCUCAAAUGGGGUACAAUUUAGCCAAGGCUUUCUGUGACGUGGGAAAUCAUGGAAGCUUAAGAUUGGAAAUACAAUGCGCCGAAGCUUACGCAUUAGCUCUUUUGCAGCGUGCUAAUGACUACGAAAAAGCGCUGAUGAAGUUUCAUGAGAUGUUGCAAGUGGCACUCAACAUUGGAGACCAGGAAUAUGAAUUAAGAUCACGUUUUCAUGUGGUCAAGACGCUACGAAUUUUAGGUAAAGAAGACAUUGCGCAUGCUGAGCUGGUUUUGCUUCUGGAGCGAUCUCGAUCAUUAAAUGACGUACAUAUGGAAGCAAUUGCCGAGUAUGAGAUGGGCAAACACUUUAUUUUGCAAGAUGAUACCUACACAGCACUUGAACACUUUCGGGCAGCUCAGGCGUUAUGCAAUCGCACCGCCAAUUGCGCGGACUCUUGGCGAGCUGCUUCAAUCCAGCAAGCAAUUGCUUUCUACGCACGCUUGAGACCUAUAGCUCGUCGCGGAGCCAUACGUUGUAGUGCAUCUUCUUUAUUUGUUCCGACUGACGAUGAGGAAAAUAAUGACGUCGAAUCCGAAUUUGAUGGAGAUGAAAAGAAUGACAAGCGGGAGGAUGUACAAUCUAAAGAGCGACGUCGAGCUAUUUGCAUCAAAGAUGCUUCUAUACAGCCUCAAUCGCUGAUGAGUACACUUUUUAAUCAAUCUGACAGUAACUCGCUCUGCGGUCCCAAGCCGAAGCGGACAACGUCCUGGCGAGAGGCAGUAUUUGCGACUGCAUGGCUCAAUGAUAAUAACAAUUCAGAACCAACUGCAAAGAUAAACUAA